UAAAUUAGUUGUGAACGAAAUGCUCGUGUCUUUAGUUCCAUUUAACUCUUAACUAUACAAUGUAUCAUCACGCGUGCAAGUGAUGUAACUUUCUGCACUGUCUUCUGCGACAGUCGUUAGAGAAUCCAAUUCAUAACUUUGUCAAGUAUCUCAUGUGUUUUCCUAAUGCGAAGUUGAUGAGAGUGUGAGAGUGGCUGUAAAGUAGUGGCUACUGAUAGAGGAAAAGGGGUACAUUAUUGACCACAAGAGAGGCAGUUUGUGUCGAGGAAGCGCAGCGUCUGGUACGAAAUGAAUUAUUCUCCUGCCUCAAUCCCAAUCUUUUGUGGCUUUUCCUUCAAUCCAAAAUGAAUUUCCUGUGAUAUUUCUGUAAAUCCCCUACUCUCAUCCAUCUGUUUUAUUUUUCCCAUUGGCAUUGGCGCAUUUUCCAAGAGACAGUGCGAAGCAAAAUUGCGCUGUGGACGCGAAUAGAAAAGUGUGGGAAAGAAUAAAGUGAAGCCUUUGAGUGGUCUAUUCCUCGUGAAAGUGAUUGGAAUUACAUAACAAUCCUCGCGGGCGGAUUAUGGCAUUAUUAACCGGAAAUACACAAUAAUAUUCUAUUUAUUUAGACCCAUUUGUCGAAAUGCUGAACCAAUUUGGCUGCCAAUUGACGCUGGUCUCGACCGAGGUAUAAAUCAACAGAGGAUUGUAGGACACUGUAAAGAGCGGAAAUUGCUGGUGGUACGAAGAUAGAAGAGAAAAAGGAUGGGGACACAGAAAGAAACUCAGGAGGAGGGCGUCAAUUUGCAGUUGAUGGAGGACAAGGAGAAAGGUGGUUACAAGAAUUCAGUCCAUCACGAAGAUGGAGAAGGUUCACCACUCAAUACAGAGGACUAUGACCCACACAUGCACCGGAAUGUACCUCAUCCGACCACGAACAUCGAGACACUUAUUCAUAUUCUCAAGGGAUCACUGGGAACGGGUAUUUUGGCGAUGCCGGAAGCUUUUGCAAACUCCGGAUAUGUAUCAGGUUUCAUCAAUACACUCAUCAUAGGUGCUCUAUGUACCUACUGUCUGCACAUUCUCGUCCGAACUCAGUACAUCAUCUGCAAAAGAAAUCGUCUGCCAAUCCUUACUUUUCCCGCAUCGAUGCAAAUCGCACUGGAGCAGGGGCCUAAGAGCCUGAGACCCUAUGCUAGAGCUUCCGCAUUGAUAGUAGACACAUUUCUCAUCAUCUACCAGUUGGGAAUAUGCUGUGUCUAUAUAGUGUUCGUGGCGACGAAUAUCAAGCAGCUGGUGGACUACUAUUGGAUGGACCUGGAUGUAAAGAUCCACAUGUUGAUCAUUCUGAUGCCCCUGAUAGGGCUCAAUUGCAUCAGGAACCUAAAACUCUUAGCGCCAUUUUCAUCUUUUGCCAAUGUGAUCACUUUUGUAGGAUUGGGUCUUAUCCUAACCUACAUCCUGGAUGAUAUACCUGGACCAAGUGCCAGGGAUGCUAUUGGGCCUAUUGGGAAGUUUCCUCUGUUCUUCGGAACGGUCUUAUUCGCCCUCGAAGCGGUUGGAGUUGUGAUUGCUGUUGAGAAUAACAUGAAGACACCUAAGAACUUUGGAGGAUAUUUUGGUGUUCUAAACAUCGGAAUGUUCGUCAUUACAAUCCUCUAUGCAAUCAUUGGCUUCCUAGGCUACCUCAAAUUUGGAAAUGACGCUAAGGGCAGCAUCACUCUCAACAUCUCACAAACAGAUAUAACCGCUCAGGCUAUUACAAUCAUCUUUGCUGUUGCCAUCUUUAUCUCCUACGGGCUUCAGUGUUACGUUCCCGUGGAGAUCAUUUGGAAUCAGUAUCUGCUGAAGCGUUUUGAGAACUCCCCAAAGAAGCUUAUGUGGGAAUUUAUUACGAGAAUUGUGGUCGUUAUCAUAACAUUCCUGCUGGCCGUUGCCAUUCCUCGACUUGGCCUCUUCAUCUCGCUAUUUGGCGCCCUUUGCCUCUCUGCCCUGGGACUCGCCUUUCCCUGCAUCAUGGAGAUCUGCGUCCUCUGGCCCAAUGACCUAGGUCCUUGCCGCUAUGUUCUCAUCCGUGACAUCCUCCUGAUUGUCUUUGGGGUGAUUGGACUGGUGGCUGGAACGUACACCAGUGUUCGCGAUAUUAUUCUCAGCUUCAUGUAGUUUCGAAGCCGUAACUCAGGGCAGCCAUUCGCAAUGGACGCACAAUUAAGCAGGGAUUAUCCACCAAAUCCAAAAAGAAAAAUAAACUGUUGCAUAUACUCACAAAGCAUUUAUACACCGCGUCUCUAUAAAUUUUCGCCUGCCUGAGGCCAUAAAUCAGUCAAAAAUCAACAAUCGUGAUGAGACAUAGUCGAUUAUUGUUGAAUUGUUUAUUGAAAAUGUAACAAUUUUAUUGUAGUCGAAAUGCAGGUACUAAUAAAGAGAUGGUUUUAUCAAAAA